AGGAUUGAACAAGAAGCGCACGCGGUACCAGUUUGAAUUAGGAGCUCGUUGUGUAUGACGCUGCUCGAGUCGAGUACAAACGCUUCAGGACUUAUUUCAGAAAGUUGAGUUGUUUUUUUUUGUUCAAGAGGACCAGCACUGAUUGUUUUUCAAGAAUGCAUGCGACUGUCUUUUCUGCGUGGGUCCUCUUCAUAUCCCUACUGGACCAAGUGAGUGCAAACACAGCCGUGGUGGGCAAAUAUGGUGAAACUGUUGAGGUGCCUUGCGACAAAGGAAACAUCAAAGUAGAGGACAUCAUGAUAGCUAAAUGGAAAUAUAACAAUGCGGGCGGCGCCGACGUUCAUCUUCUGACAAAAUCAUAUACACAGAAUGCCUCGUUUGCCCCAGUUGCGGAGUACCAGGGCAGACUCGUCCUCACAAAGGACCUCAACCUAAAAAUUUCCCAGGCCAAAAUGGCUGAUCAGAGGACAUUUACCUGUAUGGUGGUGGCAGGAACGGACAUAUAUGAGUAUCCAGUUGAUGUGACAAUCGAAAAGGCUCCGUCUCCACCCACAAUCACAAAUCAAGCCAAAGUGAUAGAGCUUGGCAAUCUAACAACGCUGGCAGAAUGUACUACUAAAGAUGCCAGUCCAGCAGCUCACAUUGUCUGGCUGAAGGACAAUGUUACACUGGUAGAAACUGACAAAGUGGUCGCCAUCAAAGAGGAUGCACAGAAAGACAAAGUCACCGGGCUCUGGACUACAUCCUCCAAGCUGCAAUAUUCAGCUAUGAAGGCAGAUAUGAAUUCCAAGUUCACUUGUGCCGUCAAGCAUAAGAGCCUCGCUUCGGACCUCGUGUCUGCUCCUAUGACCUUCGUCAUUCACUACCCUAGUGAAAAGGUCACCCUCCAGGUUGUGUCUGCACUCCCGAUAAAGGAGGGAGCCAGCGUGACCCUGAAAUGUGCAGCUGAUGGGAACCCCCCACCGACCAGCUACAACUUUUAUAUCAAGGGAAAGAAGGUGACCACUGACAACUCGGACAAUUACAGCUUCCCCAACGUCACCCGGGCCGACAGCGGAGAAUAUAAGUGCUCCCUGGUGGACGACGAAGCAAAGGCAGGCUCUGCCAGUUUUACCGUAGUGUACAUGGACAUCACCAACGUCACCAAAGGAAAGAUUGUUAAACUUUUGUCUGAGAGCUUUGAGGCAAAAUUAGAAGUGGACCCCUAUAAAGGUACACAAGUGUCAUGGACAAAGGACAAUGUAAAACUGAGCCAUAAGCCCAAGUUUGACAAGCUGAAGUACUCAGACUCUGGAGUGUAUGAAUGUGUGGUUUCCUUGGAAGGAAUUGUCAAAAAAGCAUCAUUUGAGCUGAGUGUCCGAGGUGCUCCAAGUAUCACUAUGCUGACUAAGUUACAAAGUAAUGGAGCCAAGCUUCUGAGCUGCAAAGCUGAAGGUUCACCCAAACCCACCGUGCAGUGGAGCAUCAACGGCACUAACGUCUCAGAGAGUUCCUAUGUGAACGGAAUAAUCACAUACAAUCUCACAUUGAUUCCAACAGCCAAUCUCACGAUCAACUGCACAGUUUCUAAUGAGCUAGGCACCUUCACGAAGAGCAUAGACAUUUCCACCUUGCCAGAAGAUUCAACAGUGGAGAAAAGGGCGGAAGAUUCUACAGACAAAACACAAGUAGUAGUAGGGGUCGUCAUAGGCCUGAUCGUGGCUGCUGUCAUUCUGGGUCUGGCCUACUGGGUCUACAUGAAGAGAACCAGGGAAGGAACCUGGAAAACAGGAGAAAAAGAGAAUGGCACAGUGGAGGAAAGCAAGAAACUGGAGGAAACUCAAAAAGCUGAUGUCUAAAACCAAAGGAUACGUUCAGAGUAAGAAGGAGAGGAGGCAAUAUUGUAGUAGUCUGUAUUGCAAACUAUGGAAACGUUUGGGAAGCUGAAAGGAGACCAUCUCAUUUGGUUGAUAAACCAUUAUCUGAUCCAGUGUGUAAUGUAUAUUGCCAUCCUCCAUACAAGUGGGAGAUUUAAUAAAUGAUGUGUGUUGUAUAAUUGUGAAUCUCCUGCACUGUGGAUCCAAUGUGGAAUGAACUUGUUCAAAGUCUAAAUGUUAAUUACUUUGCUGUUUAAUUAUUUUGUGCAUUUGACAUACAUAAUAGUUGUCUUUUUUGUUGUGUAUUGAACACAUUUAUUUAGUUAAUGUCAAUUUACCUCAACACUAGUCAGUAAACUGUGACUCCAUUUGUGGUUUGGGAUAAGAAGCUUGUCCUGCCAUUUGGUUUUUUGGAGAGAUUUUUUUACUUUUUUUUUUAUUUUUUUUUAUUUUUCUCUGAUCCACAUAUACAUGUGACUACAGUACGUUUUCUUUUUUAGUUCAUUCAGCACUUGGAUUUUCAUCAAGAUAAACUAGUUUGGAAGUUAAAAUAAGAUCGCAUGUCCAUUCCCAGUGUCCAGAUUUCCUUGGCACGAGACUCGAAAGCUCCAUUAAGAUGUUACAAUAUGCUAAAUGCUACAUUUAAAAUAUAAAUUUUUACAGAUUGGAAAAAUUAUGUUGAGUUAAACCAUUAAAAUCCUAAUAAGGACAAAUGUAAA